CUUGUAAAUGUGAUUCAGACUCUCUGCUGAUCCUAAAACGUGUUUGUAAUCAAGAUGUUUCGUCUGGAAGAGGUGGCCAACGUAGCCCUCAGGGUGCCCAGCAUACUCGUGUUGGACCUGCUGUAUAAAUGUGACAUAGAAGGUUUGACAGAGAACAUCAAGGCUAAAAACGAGGACAUGCUCUUCAAAUAUAAAUAUGUCAUCUGGAACAUGUACUAUCUUGGUCACCUGAUAAAUGCAGUCGUAUUAGUUCUGCCGUUGAGGCACAUUGUGACGCUCUACCUUCAUAUCCUUGUAGCCCUUCUUCUGUACAUAGGGCAUCAGAUUUCCAAGGAUUAUGUUCACGAGGAGCUGCAGAAUGGAUAUGAUGGGGCAGUGUACUGUGAUUCUGUAGCCUUCAACAGAUUUGUUUCUGCCAUGACGAGUCAGAUCAUUCUCAGCACGCUGUGUGCCUUCCUGAUGAAGACCAGGAAGGUGUGGUUAUUCUCUAUGCACAUGCUCCCCCUGCUGGCCCGACUCUUCGCUGCUCCUCAUGGUUCACUGGUGAUGCUCAACACUUUCUCUGUUGGACUGACUGUAGCUGGGAUGGCCAUGUUCCUCCUCUCCAAUGUUUUUGUGCCAUAUCGUCUCGCAAGGGCUGCCUACUCAGAACUGCUUCACCUUGAGGUGAUCGAGCUCUACAGGCUUUUAGCCGUGGGAGUCUCUCUGUGGAACCAGUUUGCUGUCCCGGUCCUCUUCAGUGUCUUCUGGUUUGUUCUGUUCACCGUCCAGCUCUUCUCAGACAUUAUGUCUGUCAGCACCACAGCAACCCAUCAGGGAAUAUUGUUCUUCCUGUUAUUAAGUGUGUCUGAAUGUUGUGCCACACCGUACUCCCUUCUGGGUCUGACCUUUGUGGUGUCAUAUCUGGCUCUUGGACUUCUCAACCUAUGCAAGUUCUGCCUGGGAGGUUAUGCAGCGGUUCAGAAUGAGAACGUCAUGCACAGAGGUGUGACAGAGGGUGUCACUCUGCUCCUGCUUGCCCUGCAGACAGGCCUGUUGGACAUGCAGGCACUGCAGCGCACCUUCCUCCUCAGUAUCAUCCUUUUCAUCGUGUUGACCUCAACCUUGCAGUCAAUGAUUGAAAUAACCGAUCCGGUUAUUCUUGCCUUGGGUGCAUCACGGAACAGAAGUCUAUGGAAACAUUUCCGUGGUCUCAGCAUGUGCCUGCUUCUGAUGAUUUUCCCAGUUUUUAUGGCUUAUAAAAUCUCCCAGUUUUUCCACAUGGACUUCUGGCUUCUUAUACUGGUGUCCAGCUGCAUGUUAAUCUCCCUUCAGGUUACAGGUACAAUGCUGAUCUAUUUUCUCUUUAUGGUGGAGCUGUUUCGCAAUGACCCGAUUGAGAGCCUGGAUGAAGUGAUCUACUGGGUGAAUGCCAUCAGCAGAGUGCUGGAGUUUUUGGUGGCUCUUUGCGUGGUGGCUUAUGGCACCUGGGAGUCACUUUUUGGGGAGUGGAGCUGGAUGGGAGCCUCUGUCAUUAUCAUCCACUCAUACUUUAACGUCUGGCUCCGAGCUCAGUCUGGCUGGAAGAGCUUCCUGCUCAGACAGGAAGCUGCUAAGAAGAUCAACUCCCUACCCAGAGCCACAGCUCAGCAGCUGGAGCAACAUAAUGAUGUCUGCUCCGUCUGCUUCCAGGACAUGAGCUCGGCUGUGAUUACGUCCUGCGGGCAUUUCUUCCACGACAACUGUCUCCGCAAGUGGCUGUAUGUGCAGGAAACGUGCCCCAUGUGUCACCAACCGGUCCGACCGAUACCACCGGGUCAGAGUCAGGCUUCAGGUGACAGGCCGGGGCCAGCAGCUGCAGCUCAGAGAGACCCGUGGCCAGAUGUGGCUGCACAACAGGGACAUCAGAAUUUGGACAACAGCACAACAAAUGAGAUGCAGAGAGAAAAUGUAACUUGUGAUUCCACCGUGCAGCAGGAGGAGGAGAGCUGCAGGAACAGAGAACAUAAAGACGAGCCAGUUGAACUAGACAGUGUAGCUGCUCAAAGUAACUCUUCCAGCUCCAGUGGAGACUUUAUAUUUAUCAGCCCAGUGGAGACAGAGGACCUGCCUCCUUCCCAAACCUCACAAACUUCUCAGAUCAUGCACAGCCACGGGGAGGUGAACGGAAGUGACUCUCCUGUGCUGUCGGUUCCUGCAGCUGUGAGUGACGACACUAAAGAAUUACAUGGUUUUAAAAAUGCUCCUUCACAUUCUAAUCAUACGACACCUAAACUAUGAUGCAACUUUAAUUCACCGGAGGCAAACGGUACUGACACCAUUCAACCGGCUUUCUGCUGCUUCUGA